ACGGUGCGUCGUCUCAUUCCGCGCGUUAGUCUAGUACGGCACAAUUUACAGCAAAAUCCUGCUCAUAUUACGAUAAAGUGAGAUAUACUGUUGUCCGCAUUAUUUCGCAGUUUAUUUAGGUUUAGUGUAUGGUAGAUAUCAAAGCAAUCGCGUAAUAAACGCAGUCCUAGUUUUCUGGGCGUUUGAAAUCGGACACCGCUAUAACGUCUCCCCUCCGCGCGGAGGGAUACACUGUUGGGGCUGACAAUGUGGACGGUGCUAAAAUGUCUCCUCGGAAGAUGAGAUGUUACAUUUGUAGCGCUCAAAAGAAUUAGAAUAGAACUUUAGGCAGAGUUACAUUUGAGCGCAGUUACAUUGUAACAACUCUCGACGCCGACUGUUCGCGUUUCCCGGGAAAUAGGAGGCGUUUUGCACCGUGAUUAAGCGGGACCUGAGACGCGGAGGGGGGAAAUUUUGUCCCCCAACUUUUCUGUUUUUCCUCUCGGGCUGAAGCGCGUUUCUCUCCCGCUGGAUGCCGCGCGCGUGACGCGAGGAACGGAUCAUAAACCUGUUUGAGCUGAGAGCGAAAGAGAGAGACGUUGAGCGCGAGAAGCAGAUCAAGAACACACAGGACCAGGAUGGCGACGGUGGGGAACGACAUGGAGCUGAACGACCUGUUGGAUUUCAGUGUUAUGUUUCCUCAUCCGAUGUCGAACGGGAAGAACCGAGGCCCUACUUUACCCAGCAGUCAGUUUGGUUUAGAUGAAAGAAGUGGCUCCGGCUCUUGGGCUUCAGGAGAAGCGAACGGUCCCGCAUUUGGUGCACGGAUGUAUGGAGACGGUCCUCACUACCCUGAGCAUGACGGCAUGUACAACAUAGAGAUUGACGGGAAAUCUGAAAGAGGAUACCCCGUUACACAGCCGCAGCUCUUGCCCGCUGAUAUUAGCGGUGGCCUUUCUCCUCCGGGAAUGAAAGUCUCUUCUCAGUUCUACAGUACUCACCGCCGGAGGCUCGCCGACUCCAGCAUAGAUCCACUGCCCAAGAAGAUCCGGAAGGUUCCUUCUGGCCUGCCGUCGUCCGUGUCUUCGGUUUAUCCCGGUUCCACCGGAGAGGACUAUAACCAGGAUGGCACCGGAUACCCCGGAUCCAAAGCUGCAAACCUUUAUCCAGGCUCUUUCUGGCCGGAUGGGCUUCCGGAUCAUUGGGGACAGUCUGGUUAUCCUCCUGUCAUGAGUAACUCUCCUCACAUCGGUCAGCCGGCUCCGUUCUCCUCCAUAAACACACAGAAGCGGCAGCCUUUGCCCCUGUCGCCGCAGAACUACGAGGUUAACUUACCCACCAGCUUCCACCAGGCCUCGGCUGGAUACGGCGUUCCCAACCACACGCCACCCAUCAGCACCACGGAUGGCAUCAUGGCAGUCAGCAGAGCUGGAAACACAGGCAGCUCCGGCGCGGAGAUCGGGAAAGCUCUCGCUUCGAUAUAUCCCUCUGACAGUAACGGCAACAGCUUCUCCUCGAGUCCCUCCACUCCUGUGGGCUCUCCUUCAAAUGUUGCUGGUGGGUUUCCUGAAGGGUCAUGUCUUUGUAAACGGCUCUGUAGUGCCAUCUGCUGUGGGGUUGCACACGAGGCUGUAUUGACAUCUGUGUUUGUGUUUUCAGCUUCUGCAUCUCAGUGGCCCAAAGGCUCUUCUCAGCCUGCGCCGUCGCCCGGUUUUGAGCCCGGACUGCAGGCGCUGAAUAAGAUGGAUGACCGUCUGGGUGAAGCGCUGCAUGUGUUGAGGAAUCAUGCUGUGGGCGCAGACAUGCACAGUUUACUGAGCGGACAUCCGGCUGGUGCCGCGGCUCUGGGCUCCAUCAGCCAGGCCUUCGGGCUCAUCAGCCGUCUGCCGGGCCUGAUGUCAAAUCACAGUGAUGACGCCGCAGGUUUACCACAGUCCAGUGCUCUGCUGCAGGGACACCACGCCCCCCAUCAGGCUCCGCCCACUUCCCAGUCCGACGCCUUUACCAGUCUUUCUCUGCCUCGUUCCUCCAGCUCGGAAAUAAAGCGGGAAGAUAAGGAAGACGAUGAGAACCUGUCUAUUGGAGAUAAAUCAGAGGACGAGAAGAAAGACGGAAAAAGCCACACGCGAACGAGCAGCGUGUCGGAGGAGUGUCUGACGGUGGAGGAGAAGGAGCAGCGCGAGCGAGAGCGGCGCAUGGCCAAUAACGCUCGGGAGCGGGUUCGUGUGCGCGACAUUAACGAAGCCUUCAGGGAGCUCGGCCGCAUGGUGCAGCCGCACCUGAAGAGCGACAAGGCUCAGACUAAACUCAUCAUCCUCCAGCAGGCCGUGCAGGUCAUCCUGGGCCUGGAGAGACAGGUGCGAGGUAGGACCAACCCCUGUGAGCCGCCACCGUCCUGCCGAGAAACACCAGACACACCGCCGCUGCUGCUGCUGAGAGCCGCCGCCGCCUCUUUCCUCGCUUUGACUGCCGCUCGCUGUGUGUUUGUGUGAUGCUGAUCUGUGUGUGUCUGAUGCUGACCUUUAGCAUCUUUCUGCACACGUCCUGCCUCGCUUAACGUGAUUUACGCAAGUAGUGACAUUUGCUCACAUUAACAUUCUUAGCAAUCCUCAGUUACGGUUUGAGCUGAUUGAUUAUGAUUGGAUCAACCAAAUAUAUUAGGAUUAAUCUAAAAAAAA